AUGGCAGGUUUUUGGUCUCCUAUAUGGUUCUUCAUAACAUCCUUCUCUAGGCGUAUUAGCUCAAUCCUGCCCCUACGCAACCAGCCAGUCGUAGCAGCACCUGUUGAGUGGGAGGAGGAAUGGAAAACACUCACUGUUCGGAGAGGCUUCCAGGGUAUUGAAAGCAAUCUAGACGAAUUUAAGCCACACGGGCUACAUCUCGAACAACUUAGUAUUCCUGGUGCCAUCUUUCUCAAUCUUUUAGACAUGAGAAAGGUCUCUCGGAUCAGUGAUCGCAUCUCCCGAGUAAACUAUGACGGUGAAACGUGGAUACUGAAGAUUGCCCGAUUCAGACACGAAAUUCCGGCCCUGCAAGAAGAGGUUUCGAUAUAUUCUACUCUAACAGCAAGCGCUUUUCCUCUCGCUCCGAAAUUUAUUGGCUUCGUCUAUGAGGAAACAAAAGCACGAACAGUUGGCUUUCUAAUGGAGGAAAUUUUGGGGGAAACACCAGACAUACAUAAUCUCAAAGAUUGUGUGGAAACUGUUCGUCUGCUGCAUACAUUUGGAAUUGUGCAUGGGGACCUCAACAAGUACAACUUUCUGAUGACGGAACACGGUGCGAAAAUUUUCGAUUUUGAGGCUUCUGCUGCUGAGGGAGAAGUGGACCCAACAGCAGCUGAGGAGGAAUUAAAGGCUCUUGCAAGCAAGCUGGCAGAUGAAUCAGGCAUUGGCAAACGUUAA